GUGUCGAAAUUUACAGCUCUUAUCCUACAGUUGUCCUCUUGAUUUCGACAUAGCAAUGGAAAAACAACGAGAAACUAGCAGUAAAAACUGACUUCAUUCGAAAGAUGACUUCUCGUUUGACCCAUAGAAGUCUGGCAGGAAGUAUCGCCGAUCUCAGCGACAUUGCUGAGGAGUUCCUAGUGUGCCCGAUAUGUUCUGAGGAUUUCAGCGACCCGCGCACACUCUCUUGCCUCCAUUCGUUCUGUCAUGACUGCAUUUCAGAACACAUUAUUCAGAGUACGAAUGACCAAAGACCGCCUAAAUCGUUUACUUGUCCCGUUUGUAAACGCACUAAUGAGGGUCCAGGGCACGUCCCGACCGAAUCAUGGGCGAAUGUAUUACCAGCCAACAAUUUUCUAAAUGGAUUACUUAAUGCUGCAAAGUUACGCGCAGAAGACAGGCGAUGCGACACGUGUCUUCACCGGAACCGGAAGUCCCUCGCCCGCUAUUGGUGUGACGAUUGCGACGAAUCCCUGUGCGAGGAAUGCAAUCAAGUCCACAGCAGUAUGAAGUUUACCCAGUCUCAUCAUUCCUUUGAAAUAGAAAACAUCAAACAUCUACCCUUCAAGAGUACCUCGAUUCACGCUCUGUGUCCAGAUCACGAAGGAAGGUUUCUUGAUUUUUAUUGUGACGACCAUGGAGUGGUUUUGUGCGAUACAUGUGUAACAGCUAGCCACAGACAUUGCUCAAGUGUAAAAACAUGCCACGAGGCAGCUACCGCAUGCAAAGAGGAAACCAACACACUUAUUGAAAAUUUGAAGCACCAGACAGACUGGUCGGUCCGAAUCAUGGAUAACCGCAAACACUGCGUAGAUGCACUUGAAGACACGGCCAAACAUGUGAAGAAUCAAAUAGCUAACAUCAGAAAGCAAAUUAACGAUGUUUUGGAUGCUCAAGAGACCCGCAUACUAGAAGAAUUGGAAGAAAUGAAAACAGCAGAAAUGGAAAUCUUGCAGUCAGAGAAAGAGACAUGCCAAGGUAUCAUUAGUACAACACGAAACUCCAGCGCACUUUUGAAAAACGCUAUGAAACAUGGCACGGAAAACGACUUGUUGUCGUGCAUCGCCAAAAUAAAGAAAGAGACUCGCUUAAGCGAAAAAUCGUUGAAGAACAUUUCAAACAACCUAAAAGAUGUCUACGUCGAUUUCAAACCAGACAAAAAUCUUCCAUCAUUAUUAAACCAGCUGAAGGAACUGGGGAGCUUUGCCGUGACUAGACAGAGCAUUCUUAUUCCGCCUUCGUAUGCCGUACGAGCCGACACUGUUUUAAUAACUGAGGUAAGAGAAGAUUCAGAAGACCACCAUCAUCCAACAAUUGAGAAGGAGGAUGAUAUGAAGCAAAAUGAAAACCCCUUUGAAGAGCUAAAAGAUUUUAAGAAUUCUGUGUUGCCUCCAAUCUCGAGCACAGCUAUUCCCACUCAAAAGAAAAUCGGGCUCGUAUCUACCCCAAUAUCAAGUACAUCAAUCUCCACACUACAGAAAGCUGUGCAUGUAUUUACCCCGAGUACUUGGAAACCGAGACCUCCAAGUGUUCGCCUUGCUACUCUUGAAAGCACCUUUCGUGGACAAACACCAAACGACCGAGAGAACUGCUCUCUGACGGGAGCCGUGUUUAUAGGAAAUGGUCGAAUAGUCCUUGUCGACCAAGUUCACAGAAAGCUGAAGCUCUUUGAUCAUCAGUACAAGUGGAUAACUGAGAAAGUCCUCUCAGUGAGACCUUAUGACAUCGCCAGUUGUAGUGGAACCGAUGUGGCCGUCACUCUCCCAAAAGAGAAAAAGGUUUUACUCUUCUCAGUCAAAGAUACCGAGUUCUCAAUCGUUGGGGGAUUUCAAACUGGGGCGAAAUGUUUUGGAAUCGGGUGCACUCAAGAUCUUUUUGCCAUUUCGUGCUAUACUUCACCGCCAUCUGUAAAAAUCAUGUCUCGCGAUGGACGAGAAUUGAAGGUUUUCACACGAGAUCAGUUUGGACAGGACUUAUUUUUCUUUCCUGAUUACAUCACAGUUGACAAAGACGGCAGCAACCUGUUUGUUACAGAUAGGUACAAGAAGUCGGUACUAUCACUGACACUGAAGGGAGAAAAGCGAUGGGAAAUCAGGUAUCACCACCUAAAAGGACCACGAGGAGUCGCUGUUCAUGGGACGCGUCUCUUUGUGGCGGGGAAUCGGUCUCACAACGUUUUGGAAAUGUCCACUGUGGGACAGAUAAUCGGAGCCAUUAUAAUUGACGGCAUUUCCAACCCCCACAAGCUGUGCGUCAGUCCGGGCGGGGAUCGAGUUUUGGUCACCCAACAGCAUAUGACCUUGUCCAAAGUAGAGAAAAAUACUGUAAAAAUAUUCAAAAUCCCAAAGAGGAAAAUCUAGCACAAUAAUUGAUAUUUGUUAUUUUAGCAAUAUUGACAUUUUCUUGCUUGCACGUAGUCAUUUAGCAUUUGUUUGAUAAGAAUAUCUUUAAUUUCACUUAUGAUUCCUGUUUUCAACAUUUGCCCAAUAUCCUUGAAAAUAAUUAACUGUAACUUAUCUGCCACAAAGACAAUCAUAUCCGCAUACAAAUGUUGGUCUCGAAAUGGACUUAAUAUCUGGUUGAGCAUGAAGAUAAAACCUCUCCAAUCACCAAUAAUGUUUGUAAGUGUUAAGAUUGUCAUGAAGGUUGGAUUGAUCUUGAUAAAUAAAUGAUGUGUGUGUUU